AUGGGUAUACCACUGCCGAAGCCUGUGAUGACUGAGCUGCGGGAGCGCCAUGGCAAUGAAAUAUUCCGCAUCGGCUCUAGCUGUGUCAAUGGAUACCGUGAGAGUAUGGAAGAUGCACAUAUUGUCUAUCUACAACCUUCAUGGGGUUUCUUUGGCGUCUUUGAUGGUCAUGUAAACGAUCAGUGCUCAGAAUAUUUGGAAAAUGCAUGGAAAGAAGCUCUUGAUAAAGAAAAAAUGCCCAUGACUGAUGAACGCAUGAAGGAGCUUGCUCUCGAAAUUGACAAGAAGUGGAUGGAUUUAGGUCAAGAGGGAGGCAGUACUGGAACAUUUUUUGCUGCCAUGAAAAAGGAAAACUCUAUUCAUCUACAAGUUGGCAACGUUGGUGAUUCACGCGUUUUGGUAUGUGUUAAUGGUCUCGCUAGGGCUAUGACGGAAGACCACAAGCCAAACAAUGAAGGAGAACGCCGUCGUAUUGAAGAUUGUGGUGGUCGUGUGGAGGGUAACCGCGUGGACGGAAGUCUAGCUGUGAGCCGCGCCUUUGGAGAUCGUGACUACAAGACGAACUCUGGUGGUAGCCAACUACAACAGAAAGUGAUUGCACUUCCAGAUGUCACUCACGUGGAUGUCUCCUGGGGCAACAAGGAUUUCGCCGUGUUAUGUUGUGAUGGUGUUUUUGAAGGACAAUUUACCAAUGAAGAGGUGGUGACAUUUAUCAAGGAGCAGCUGGAGUCAUCCGAUGAUCUUGCUGUCAUAGCAGGUAAGGUAUGUGAAGAGGCCGUGAAUCGUGGUAGCCGCGACAACGUCUCUUGUGUGAUUGUGCAGUUCAAGAGUGGGGUGGACUAUGCCGAUACGCAACAUUUUGAAGUGGUCCCCGGACCUUUUGCUCUGCCGCGAAACAAUCUCUUCCGCAAGGUCUACAGUCUCAUGGCGCAGAAGGCCGGCAGCACACCGGAGGAGGUCCUAGAGAAGCGCUACGACGUCCUCGCCGCCAUGGAGAACAAGGAGGGGCUCGCAGAGGAGUGGGAGGGAUUUAAGGGCGGCCCCCCGGCCCAACUUAAGGGCCACGAGCGCACGCAGUGGUUCGCCGAUUUACUCCAGCAGUACGAAGCGGAGAACCCCGCCGACCCCCGCUCCGAGCAGCUCGAGCGCAUCCAUAUCCUCCAGCAGCAGGUAGGGGUCCCACUACCUAUCCUGCUCUCACUGAUGACAGGACAAACACAGGAGUAG